ACACCCCGCCUCUUUCAGGGAUGCCCUCUGCAGUGAAGGCUCUGGGCCAGGCCAGGUCCUCGGGCAGCAUGGCGCCCGGCUGCUGCUCCCCGGCGGCCGUGCAGAGGCGGCUGCCCAUCCUGGCGUGGCUGCCCCACUACUCCGUGCAGUGGCUGAAGAUGCCCUUGACCCCCGGCCUCUCGGUGGGGCUGACGGUCAUUCCCCAGGCGCUGGCCUAUGCCGAGGUGGCUGGACUUCCACCCCAGUAUGGCCUCUACUCUGCCUUCAUGGGGUGCUUCGUGUACUUCUUCCUGGGCACUUCCCGGGAUGUGACCCUCGGCCCCACGGCCAUCAUGUCGCUCCUGGUCUCCUUCUACACCUUCCGCGAGCCCGCCUACGCUGUGCUGCUGGCCUUCCUGUCGGGCUGCAUCCAGCUGGCCAUGGGGCUCCUGCGUCUGGGGUUCCUGCUGGACUUCAUUUCCUGCCCGGUCAUUAAAGGGUUCACCUCUGCUGCCGCAGUCAUCAUCGGCUUCGGGCAGGUCAAGAACCUCUUGGGACUGCAGCACAUCCCGAGGCAGUUUUUCCUGCAAGUGUAUCACACCUUCCUUCGUGUUGGAGAGACCAGGGUGGGCGAUGCCGCACUGGGGCUGGUCUGCAUGGUGCUCCUGCUGGUGCUGAAGCUGAUGCGAGACCACGUGCCUCCCGUCCACCCUGAGAUGCCCCCUGGCGUGCGGCUCAGCCACGGGCUGGUGUGGACGGCCACGACAGCUCGCAACGCCCUGGUGGUGUCCUUCGCAGCCCUGGUUGCGUACUCCUUCGAGGUGACCGGAUACCAGCCCUUCGUUCUAACUGGGGAGACAGCACAGGGGCUCCCUCCAGUCCGGACCCCGCCCUUCUCAGUGACCACUGCCAACGGGACUGUCUCCUUCACUGAGAUGGUGCAGGACAUCGGGGCCGGGCUGGCCGUGGUGCCCCUGAUGGGCCUCCUGGAGAGCAUUGCCAUAGCCAAGGCCUUCGCCUCUCAGAAUAGUUACCGCAUCGACGCCAACCAGGAGCUGCUCGCCAUCGGUCUCACCAACGUGCUGGGCUCCCUGGUCUCCUCCUACCCAGUCACAGGCAGCUUUGGCCGGACGGCCGUGAACGCCCAGUCAGGGGUGUGCACCCCAGCAGGGGGCCUGGUGACAGGCGUGCUGGUGCUGCUGUCGCUGGGCUACCUGACCUCACUCUUCUACUACAUCCCCAAGGCCGCCCUGGCCGCCGUCAUCAUCAUGGCCGUGGCCCCGCUGUUCGACACCAAGGUCUUCGGGACGCUUUGGCGUGUGAAGAGACUGGACCUGGCACCGCUGUGCGUGACCUUCCUGCUGUGCUUCUGGGAGGUGCAGUACGGCAUCCUGGCCGGGGUGCUGACGUCGGUGCUCAUCCUCCUGCACACGCUGGCCCGGCCCCAGACUCAGGUGUCUGAGGGGCCAGUCCUUGUCCUGCAGCCGGCCAGCGGCCUGCACUUCCCCGCUGUGGAGGCCCUGCGGGAGGCCGUCCUGAGCCGGGCCCUACAAGGGUCUCCCCCACGCAGUGCGGUCCUGGAGUGCACCCACGUCUGCAGCGUGGACUACACCGUGGUGCGGGGGCUGGGCGAGCUCCUGGAGGACUUCAGCAGGCAGGGCGUGACGCUGGCCUUCGCCGGCCUGCAGGUCCCUGUCCUCCGUGUCCUGCUGGCCGCUGAUCUGAAGGGCUUCCAGUACUUCUGCAGCCUGGAAGAAGCAGAGAGAUGCCUGAGGCAGGAGCCGGGAGCCCAGCCCUACAAUGUCGGCGAAGACGCCAUGCCGGAGCACAAGGUCGCCCUGCUGAAGGCCUAGCGGGGCCACGGAGGGGCGGCCGGUGUGUGGAGGGUGUUCUGGAAGGUUCCUAUCGCUGUGAUUUGAUGCCAGAUGCCGCUUGACAGACACUCUGGUCCCCUGGUGCUGAGCAGCCUGAGUAGAGACCCACUGUGGGCUUGUGGCCUCCGUGGGUGACAGAGGCUGGCUCUGCCUGGGCGAGCAGCCUUCUCAGGAAGGCGUUUAGAGAGAGCAGCUGGAACGACAGACCACAGGGACGGAGCAGGGCUUCCAGCCCGGGCUGGGAGAGGCGUCCUCGAACCCCAGGACCUUCCUGGAAGAGGCGGGGCUGGGGCUGGCUCCCCAGAGACAGUGUGCUGUUCACGGCAGUGUUUGUGCCCCGUUGGAGCGCCAAGGUGUGCCGAACGACUUCAAGUCUCUAUUUAAAAAUGAUCUUGUGUUUUUUACAUUGGAAAAGUACUAGCUUUGGUGUUUUUGUAAAGCUCAUCAGUGCUUAUUGUAAACAAUACAGGAAGCCCCCGUCCUCUGGGGUGGUCAUGCCACACCCUCCCCGCCCUCGCCCCUUGUAACCGUGUCUGUCCCCUGUGGGUGUGCGUGUUCGGUUGUAUGUAAACGGAAUCAUUUCCUACAUGGUGCUCUGUGACCCACACUCUCAUGCAGUCAUUUUCUGUGAACUAUUACUGUGAUAAUAAAUAACAUCAUACCUGA